GGACCGGAGGGAGGGCGGGCCCAGCUGAGCCGGCGGCGCUGGGGGCAGAUGGCGGAGGGCGGGGAUCCGCCCGCUGCCUCAGGCGGGCAGGCAGGUCGUAACCUGAAGGAGUGGCUGCGGGAGCAGUUCUGCGACCACCCCCUCGAGCACUGCGAGGACACGCGGCUGCACGACGCGGCCUACGUGGGGGACCUGCCCACCCUCAAGAGCUUGCUGCAGGAGGAGAGCUUCCAAAGCCGGAUCAACGAGAAGUCGGUGUGGUGUUGUGGCUGGCUGCCCUGCACGCCCCUGCGCAUCGCUGCCACUGCCGGCCAUGGGCCCUGCGUGGACUUCCUCCUUCGCAAAGGGGCUGAGAUCGACCUGGUGGAUGUGAAGGGGCAGACAGCCCUCUACGUAGCUGUGGUCAACGGGCACCUUGAGUGUGCUAAGAUCCUCCUGGAAGCUGGGGCUGACCCCAAUGGCAGCAGACACCACCGCAGCACCCCUGUCUACCACGCGGCACGUGUGGGCCGUGCAGACAUCCUUCAGGAGCUGAUCAGGUAUGGUGCAGAUGUGGAUGUGAAUCACCACCUCCCUUCACAGAGCCCCAGCCUGUCCCUGCGGCCCCUAACCACGCUGGUGGUCUGCCCACUCUACAUCAGUGCUGCCUACCACAACCUCCAGUGCUUCCAGCUGCUGCUCCAGGCUGGAGCCAACCCAGAUUUUAACUGCUGUGGGCCCAUUAACAUCCAAGGCUUCUCCCGGGGCUCCCCAGUGUGUGUGAUGGACGCUGUCCUGCGGCAUGGCUGUGAAGCGGCAUUCGUGCACCUUUUGAUUGACUUUGGAGCCAAUCUGAACCUGGUGAAAGUGGAGGCCUUGGGAGUCGAAUCCACAGGAAGGGUUAAAGUCAACCCUGAGGCUCUGCGGGUGUUUAAAGAAGCAAGGGGCCGUACCCGGAGCCUCUUGUCUCUCUGCCGCAUAGCUGUACGAAGAAUACUUGGCAAAUCCCGGCUGGAUCUGAUCCAUAGCCUUCCAGUCCCAGACCCCAUUAAACAGUUUCUACUUCAUGAACACAGUUAAAGGGCAACUGGCUGCUUUCUGGGACAGUUUGAUUCAGUAAAUGAGUGCGCUGAUAAAGCCAGAUGCCAAUCCUAACCCUUCCCUCACAGUGAAACACUGUGGUGCUCAUGGAGUGCACAUAAUUCCCUGCCCCUGUGAUUUUCCCCUCAACAUUUAGGGUGCAGUGAUUUUGUGUGUCUGUUCUUAAGCUACUGAUUAUCUCACUGGUGAUCCCUUGUUUGCAACUGGUUGGGCACUAAGGCCGGUAAGCGUCUGUGGCUGUUACAUGAGCAAAUACAAUACAUCCUAUAGCGGUUA